AUGAUUUGCAUUUAUCGUUCAUUGCCUUCGGAUAAUGAUCAAAAGAUAUUGGCCUAUGGCUGUCUUGGCUUACAAUUUAAACACGAAGAACACACUGUCAAUAAACGUCUCGAAGAUAUUAUUUACGGUAUUUGUCAAGGUUAUCGUAGAGUAAUUACUAGUAAUCGUAUUCCUCAUGUAUUUCAUGAUCGAGAUUUUAUCUAUAUGCUACGAGAAUUACGUUUCGAACUACCAACAUUAUCAUCAGAUCAAGAUACAGAAAUCGAUGGAAUUACACCGACUAGUUUAUUACAUGCACUUGAAGAUAAUUUCAAUGGAAUAAAAAAUGAUGAAUUCAAAGAAUUGGUCGAAAUAUUUUUCACAGCUAUUCAAGAACAAUGUCCAGAUUUUAAAUUGCCAUCAAAAACAGAACAAAUUUAUCGUAAUGUACCGAUCAUUCUACGUCAAUCGAUGAAACUUGAUUCGGUUCGUCGCCGUCUGUAUGGUCGUUACAAAUUGAUUAUUGACGAAUCGGAUGACGAAAGCGCCAUUCGUCUUUUAUUUCAAACGGGUAUUCUUGAUUCAGAUCCUAGUCGAACAACCGUUUUUCGAAUGUCUGAUUUUCCAGACGAUAUUCAUAAUGAAAUUCGAAAUGUUGAAAUACUAUCUACAAUAAAAUUGUGUAUGGAAACAGGAAAGACAAUAUUAAUGGUAAAUACCGGACGAAUUCAUGGUUCAUUAUAUGAUGUAUUUAAUCAAAAUUUUUCAAUUAUGGCUACAGAUGAAACAAGAAAGAUCUUUUCCAAAGUGGCAAUUGGUUCAAAAACCGUUGACGUUGUUGUUCACGAAGAAUUCCAAUGUAUUGUACAUAUACCACGAAAUGAAUUCAAAGAUUUACCAUCUCCAUUUCCAAGUCGCUUUCAAAAGUAUUCAUGGAGUAUUAGUGAUUUCUAUCGCAUUCAAUUCGAACAUCUUACAGCAAACGAACAGACAAUUAUAAAAAAUGUAGAAAAGAAGGCGCAAACAUUCAUUGAACAUUUCGGAUCACAAUAUUUCUAUGGUUUGAAUGAAAAUACACUCUAUUCAUGCCUUCUAUCACUUAUAACAACCAACGGGAAUGAACACUAUUCUCUUUUGAACGUACAUCAACUUUACACACAAAUGACCAUAAAAUCGAAAUCGUUCAUCGAACAAAAUUCUAGCAAUAUUCAGCAAUGUCUUCUACGUUCGCUACUAUCCAAAUUAAUGCAGCUUGUCUCACCUGAAUCGGUCAUAUUGAAACUUUCGACAUUUGAAGACCAAAUUGCACAAUGGUUAUGUACUGAUUAUUUUCAACAUCAAGAACAUUUCAGUAUCGAACGUUUUAUUCGGCAAUUAAUUGCGGAUCCAUCGAUCGAUGUUCACAAUGAUGAUUUGCUUGCUACAAUGAAUACAAAACCUCAAAAACAUAACGAGAUUACAUUAAUAACAAAAGCGAUGAUAUUUACACGAACAUCAUCCUAUAUUAUCGGUCUCAAUAAAGAAUCAAAAUCUCAGUUGUUUAGUGGUGGUGAUAAUGACGAGUAUGGCAACAUUAGCGAUAAUAUUGACGUUUUGAAUAUGGCUAUGAUAGAAAAUUCCGUUGAAUUGCAAGAAAAAUUUCAUACAUAUGAAAAAGACGAUAGAAAAAAUGUUCUAAUUGUGGUAAUUGAUGCUCAAAAUGGACAACAACAUUUACAUAUUCCAUUUGUUCGACAAUUGAUCGACAAAACCGAAUAUACAAGUAAUGUAAUCAAUUUAAAACAACGGAAGUAUUUUCUUAUGCUCAUACAUUCACCUGCACAAGAGUUGUAUCACAAAUCUUAUUUUCCAUCAAUUUUCUUACAUAACUGGGACUAUUAUUUCUUUGAUACAUGUACACCUGGUGGUGCAUUUCAUCUUCAAAAAAUGAUACAAAUAUUAUCUUCAUCAUAUGAUCAACAAUCAAAAGAAUCAAUCGAUAAUAUAUUAUGUGAUUUAAAUACUCUAUUCGAUGAUUGUUUAUGGGAUUUUUGUUCACGAAUUCAAAUUGCUCUUCAAGAAUUACCAGAAGAUAUGUUCAAAAACAAAAUGGCUAGUCAAUUCUAUAGAAACCAAACAAGUCCUAUCAACCGUGUACAGUGCUUGAAAAAAAUUCUUCAUGAAUCAACAGAACUGCAAAAAUGUAUUGUUAAUAUUUAUCACGAACAUAUAUCAACAAAGAAUUCUUUUCAUAAAAUGUAUAAUAUGAUCUAUCAAUUUUCGAAAGAUAUUCUAUGUGGAAAACGUUUUGAUGGUCUUGUGCAUUCGAUUCAAUCUCAAACAGGAAUUGCAUUCUCAAAUUUUGUUUCACAUAUACUCAAGUUUAUUAUGAAUAACUAUGGAUUAGAAACAUUAUCAAAUAUAUCAACAAAUAACAAUAACUAUAGUUCAAUGUUGAAGCUAAUUGACUAUUCAUCGUUUAUCGAUGACAAUGAUGUUGAUAAUCAAUCUUCUUCACCAAAUCAAGGAAUAAUUCGAAUUGUCGCAAAUUAUUCGUGCAUUCCACAAACAUUUCUGUAUUAUUUAUUUCAUCAACGAAUCAGAUCUAUUGCCAAUGAAAUCAAAUUAACAUGGAUUCUCAAACAUACUGAAAAUCAAGAAACCAAAGAUAGUCCUCAUCGACACUUCUAUUUAGCUCAUCAAGUUACUACUACUGCCAACAACGUGGAUGAUGAAAACGAAACAACUGAAUUUACAUCACAAAAAUUUCGAGAUGGAUUAGCAAAAUCGAUAAUGAAAGAUAAAGUGUUAAUCGCUAUUCUCACUAAACAUAUUGUUGAAUCUUAUUCAAAUGAUUUAGUUCGAACACUUUGCGCAAUAGUCGAGAAAAAUUUCAAAUAUGAUUUUGAUAAAAAUGAGAAAACUAUCGAAUACGUUUCACGUUGGCUACAACUCAUGGAUGAAUAUGAUCGUGAAUCAUUUGAUGUUUUUCCAAAUAAACAUGCUUGGCGUCUUGCUCAUGUUUACACAACGUUCGAAUAUGACCAAAAUGAUCUAUUAUCAUUAUAUUCAGCUUUUCGAAUUACUGUUCAUGUUCAAAAAACAUCAUCGACUAUUAUUGAUCUAAGCCAAGAAAACGAUGUCACUCGUUCGCAAGUGCGUGAAAAUUUGUUUACAUUGAUGUUUGAUUAUUUAUGGAACAAUUUAUGUCGAUUGUGUUCAAACGAUGACAAUUGUGAGCAAUGGAUUUAUAACUACAGUUUCAUUUCUAAAUACUAUCCAUCAAACAAAGUUUUAAGUCAACAACCUACUCAUAUUAAAAAUCAAAUUGAAUUCAUGAAUUUAGCUUAUCUUAUCUUUCUCAAUGAUAAAAUACCAGAACAAAAGAAAUUAGUAUCUCAUUUGCUGAAUAAUACACAUCUGAUUGAUAAUAACUUUAAACAAUUACCCACAAUAAUACAGUAUCUUAAUGAAUAUUUCACAAAUCAAAAUAUCAACGGUUCAACAUUAAUGAUCGAUCUACAACAAUGGAUAAUAUCAAUAUUAAAAGUGUCAAAAAAAUCAUGCAAACAAGAAAUCAAUUAUCUAUUGAAUUAUUUAAAUCAGCCAACAUGUCAAUUAACAUUGACUAUGAAACAAUUUUUAUUCGAUGAAUUGGCAAAACUAUCUCUCGAAUAUAAUCAAAAAAAUCAAUCAUUAUCAAAUCAACCUAAAUUUGAUUAUUGUGAUCGUAUUGUUCUACUAUUACCAAUCGUUAUCGAAUGUAUUUCCGAUGAAGAUCUUUCGCAAGAUUAUCAAUUACCCUAUCAUCCAUCAGUUGUAAAUGACAAAAAUGAACUAAAGCGUCAAUCAUUACUUGAUUUACUCUUCUUUCAUAUCAAACGGUUUUGCAACGACCAAACAAACAGUGGUGAACUUGUCAAUAAGGCGAUGAUGUUGACUCCACCUAAAAUUAAAGAAAAACGUCAUGUAUCUGUUGCACAAAAAGUUUUUACACAAUUAAAAGAUUAUUUUCGAUUACGAUCUACUGCUUUACUAUUGUGCAAAACAGAUUUAGAUGAUUAUAGUCAAGAUAUUAUUAAUAAUGUCAUGCCAAAAAUAAUCAAGGAUUACUUAUCAAUCAAUCAACAAGAUAAUAAACUAAACAAUCAUCUUCAACUAUUCUUAUCUACGAUAAUAUCAAAAUAUUCUUGGAAUUUUCUUUUAAAUCUAUUGAAAUCGGAUCGUAUACAAAGAUUGGAUAGUCAAUGGGCAACUAGUUUAUUCAAUCUACUCGAAUUGAAACAGACAUGUCAAAAAAACAAUUAUCUACAACUAUGCCAUAAAAUACAAUUUACAAUAUCGUCAUAUAAUGAUAUGUCAUUGAUCUUUCCGAACCUUCAUCAAUCAUACGAUGAACUAAGUAUAAUUCUUGAUAAAUGUGUUAAAGAUGAUGUUCAAGAACAACUAUGGACAAAUCUCUCUAAUUGGAUUCAAAGUAAACUGAACAUAGAUGAAGAAUCUAAUCUAAAAUGUAAUGAGAUAAAAGCAAUGAUCUUAUUGAAAAUCUAUUACGAUUAUUAUUGUAAUGAUCAACUAACAUUAGUAGAUAAAUUGUUAGAUAUAAUUGAGAACAUGUUAGAACUUUCAUCCGAUGAAUUACGAAUAUUUCAUGUUAUUUUAAAACCAGAACAAUUUAUGAUUGGCUAUCCAAAUAAUGAUAAUAAUGAAGAUAGUAAUUUUCUCAAUAGUUUAUUUAAGCUUGAUUAUAAAGUUGAAGAUGAAACAUGGAAAUUAUCUAUUCGACAUUUACUCGUGAAUUUGAUGGCGAUGAUUCUAAUGGGAGGAGAACAGAGUUUUCUUUGGACAUUUGCAUUUCAACCAUUGACACUAGAACAUACAUUUGGUGAGUGUUUCUUUUGUACUCAUUCCAUUCAUAAGUUUAAAUUCAGCGAUUGA